CUAUAAGUUAUAAAUAAAUGUAUGUGUCCCACUUGAAGAUUUUUAGUUAUUCAUCAGAAUCUGUAAACAGCAUUCAUGAGUUCAUUUGCCCAUCUAGCUGAAAUAAAGGUGAACAGUUAUACGGCUGCCGGCUGGUGUGAUGAUUGACAUCUUACAUUGACUAAAACUUACAUUUAGACCCUCAUUAGACACAUGUGGUGUAAUAAUGUCUGACGGAGAGUGAACACUUGUACAGUAUUACUCUUCUGUGUCUCAGCAGGUGUGUUUAUUUGUUUGUUUGUUUUUUUGUUUUGUCAACAAAAAUCUAAAUCUCACAGAUGUGUACUUUUUAUUUUUCAGCUGCUGUCUUUGGAAAUGUAAUUAAACCAGACAAAGCAUAUAUUAUAUUGUCCUGCAUUUAUUCCUCUUCAGUCGACUAUCUGUAUCUAAUACAGUUAAACAAAUACAAUAUAUUAUACAGUAUACAGCAGCAUAUGAAAGUGAACAGCAGCAGGAAGUUGUACAAAUAUAAACUGCAGAUAGAAAGAUGACAUAUUUAAUUCAAUGACAUUCAAAAGUGAAUGAAGCAUCCUAAUAUUGUUAUUAAUUACAUUAAUUCCAUAUAAAAGUAGUCUAUUUUAAGAAACAGCAUGAAUGAUUGUAAUUAUAAGUGUUCUUUAAGCUGCUUUAUGGCUAACAUGUUUCACAUCAUGUGACUUUAUUUCGAUUGUGUAACACGUGUCAGAAACCAAAAGAGGGCGAUAUCUCUCAGUAUUACACUUAACAGAGAAGUUUCUUUUAGGUUUUCACAAGCUCCUCCUCAGAGUCUUUAUGAUAUUUAUGAAAGCAAAACUCUCAUUGACAGAUUUAUUUUGACUUCAGUGUGAAUUUAAAACAGAUCAUGAGGUGGAUCAGGAAUAUAUUUUUCUUUGCACUCUUCAGUCUUGGUAUGCAUUUCUUCUCAUUUUUAAGAAUUUAAAUUGUGGCCAAGUGGUCUAAAUAUACAAUGUUUCUAUUUUGUUAAAAAAUGUAAUGGCCCCUUUAAGAAAUCUUCUCUCUCUCUCUCUCUCUCUCUCUCUCUUCUCGCGAUACUGUUUGCGCGAUUUGGAUGCGUGCGCGCGACCAGAGAAGCCAUUCUCACUGUACAUGAGAGCUCCAUGUGGUAGUGCAUGCAUUUCAUCUAAUCUAAUGUAGUUUCAUCAUCUUUUCGGGUAAAUAUUACUCCAAUAUGUUUAAUAUGUACAAAUAUGCGUUGAAAUGGAGUUCGAAAGAGUAUUUGAUGUUUAUAUUUCAGUCAAUGCUUUUGGAUCGCGUGUCUGACGAGUGAACCUCGUGGCAAAUAGUAAAGGAUUAUUGGCCACUGCCGUAUUCCAGUCUAUAUUACCAUUUUAGUUUUUUUCAAGUAAUUUGGUUAUUUCCGGUGGACUCUGGUGUGUUUUUUUUGUUAGUCUUUCACCUUGCAUCUUACUGUAUCUCAGUGGUUGCAUGUCCUCCUCUGAACUACAUCUAGUCGAUUUGAUGUGACACUUAUUAUUGUCGUAAACUUAUCUUUCAACAAUUGAUCGUCAUUUCUCAGAAUUUGAUUGCUUAAAUUGUGGAUAAGAGUUUUUCCUUUUUGUAUGAUAAUAAGUGAAAUUUUUAAUUAUUCAAAAUCUCCUUUUGUAAGCUUGCCUAUUCAAGUCUUGCUCCCAUCGACCGCUGUCAUUAUUUGAACAGCAGUCAGAUUAAACAAACCCCAAGUUUUGAAAAGCAUAAUUUUGCUUCCGGUGUGUGUCUCUUUUCUUCCACCCGGUUACAUUUUUGGUACCAGGAGUGGGGUAUCUGACAGUUGGGAGCUCUUAGGUGUUUAGUGCGUUUUUUUCUGGAAUACGGUAGUGGUGGGUACGUGAGCUGCAGGGACCCGGAGUGGAGGCGGUCAACCGUGCUUUAAGUGUCCAGUGUGACGACGUCGGCUGAGGGUUCGUGGCCAAGGGACUGGAUCGCUGGACGAGGAGGGGACAUCGCCAUCUGUGGCUGAAGCUCAGGAGUGUGCUGUAAUCUUCUAUGACUGUUUUGUGUGUUCUGCAAGAAGAGGAAGCAGUGUUACACAGACAUUCUUUAUCACAUAUCCUUUGAACUAAAGAAAAGAGACAUUAAACAGACUUUGUGCUGCCAAAAGGACAUUGAAAUUUAAUUCAACAUGUCACAGUCUGAUGAUGAAGAUCCAGUACAGGGUGCUGCUAGUGAACAGGGUUUAAGUCAUGAUAUGGACGAUGUGCAGAGACAAAUCCAAGAGCUUAGCAGAAAACAUGCUGAAGCUAUGGCAGCUAUUGCCAACCUAAGUGGAGAGCCAACUAGGUCUUACAUAUAUGUACCAAGGGAACGCCACAUUCAGUCUUUCAGUGGUGAUUUUAGCAAAGAUGGUAGAAAUGUGGAUGAAUUCAUUGAAGAAGUGGAAAGGGUAUUGCUUGUAAGAAACCAGACUUCCGAAGACCAAACUGACUUUGUUCUUUCCCUAUUGAAAGGUGCCGCUUUGGAAGAGGUUAGAUUAAGGCGGGGGGAUCAACCCCAGUGUGCGGAAGACAUAUUUUUCUACCUUAGGGAGGCCUUUAGGGAAAAGCGUAGUCUUGCCCAGUUACUGCAGACUUUCUAUACUCGCAAACAGUUAGAAGGUGAAGACCUGCGUGCAUACUCUCAUGCCUUGUCACAAAUAUUGAACUCUCUCUUGAAGCAGUCACCCGAUGCUGUUGCAAAUGCGAAUGUCGCUUUACGAGACCAGUUCAUUGAGGGAACAAGAGAUGCAGCGCUUCGAAGGGAACUUCGUAAAUUGGUGAGGGACAAGCCACAGUCGACUUUGAUUGAAGUAAGAGAUGAAGCUUUAAUGUGGUCUCUUGAAGAUCCCAAGCUGCGUGCUGGUAAAGUAGCCCUUAACCGUAAAGUAAGCUCCGAAGCUACAGAAGUCCAGUGUGCGUCUGUGGUGAUGCCAGCGAAGAGCUCUGUUACGCUUGAUGAAGUUCUAAAAUUAGUGGCGGAACAAGGCAAAGCCAUAGGGGAGUUGACUCAAGCUGUUCAGAAAUUGACUUUACAUUGCACUAAGCCUGAAUCUGUGAAUCGUAGUAAAUCUAAGGUGCAGCCUAGGUUUACUGAUGACGGCCAGCCUAUCUGUUUUAAGUGUAAUGGGGUGGGGCACAUAGCCAAAAACUGUGUGAGAAGAAACAAACAAGCAGUAAAUGAGGAUGCAUCAUCAGCCAUGCCACAGGGAAAUGCACACCCUCGGUCGCUGUGAGCCAAGCGAUGCGAGGGCAAUCUGUUGGCUCGACUCCCAAGGACUCAGAUCAUGAUCGACUACUCCAACAUGCUGUGGGGAGAUGUCCUGUAGUUGACUUGAAAAUCGGGGGAGUGAGUGUUUCGUGUUUACUUGACACAGGAAGUCAAGUGAGUACAAUUACAGAACAUUUCUUUAAAGAGCACUUAGCAGGUGAAGUAGACAACAUGCUUUCCACAUCCGGUUGGCUCAAAAUUACCGCUGCUAAUGGAUUAGACAUCCCGUAUCUUGGUUAUCUUGAGCUUACAGUUGAAACCAUGGGUAUCACUCUGCCAGAGUGUGGUUUUCUAGUAGUCCGAGAUGCACAAAGCUCUUCAGCCGUUCCAGCUCUCAUCGGCAUGAAUAUUAUAGGCAGAUGCAGAGAGUUAGUUCAUGCUGAGUUCGAUACCACCUUAGGAGGGGAGCUACAGUCUGACUGGAGAGAGGUUUUCCAGCAAAUGCAAAGUGUCAGUCCACGUGAGAAACGUUUUGUUGCACGAGUAGCUGGAAAAGAG